AUGUCGUCCGCCAGCGCAACCCUCGCCGACCCCCCACGCGACCUCGAGUCGCUCGCCGCCAUUGAGGAAUCGCUCGUAUUCCCUUCCUUCACGGCCAAUACCGCCUGGGAGCUGGGCAACGCCCUUCGCUUCCGCCUGCUGGAUUUCCCGACUCCUGCCGUUAUCAACAUCACUCUCGCCAAUAGCGACCAGCUGCUCUUCCACACCGUCACCCGCUCCGGCACUCUGCCCGACAACGACACCUGGGUCGCCCGCAAGAGAGCCACCGUCCUGCGCUGGGGCUUUUCUUCGUGGUAUAUGCACAACAAGCUCGGCGGCGACGAGGCAAAGUUUGCCGCUAAAUACAUGCUAGGCGAGCGUGCAGGCAACUACGCCAUCCAUGGGGGCGGCUUUCCCGUGCGCGUCAAGGGUGUCGAGGGCAUUGUCGGCGUCAUUGUCGUAAGCGGAUUGAAGCAGGAAUGGGACCACCAGGUGAUUGUCGAGACGGUCGAGAAGUACCUGAAGAGCCAGUGA